UUCGUUCAUUGACAAUAGUCAUUCGAUAGUAGCGGCCUGUAUAGGUGUGUGAGAGCUGAGGGAUCCCUCCAAACUGACGAGCCAGGUAUACCGUGCUUCACGCACUCCGGACACGAGACUCGCACGAUUAUUAACUAUUGGCGCACUUUACUGUUGGUUGUGACACACAUAACCCAAGAUGACAACAGUUAGCUGUAUGCCAAUGCAGGCCAUCCCUGUGUCCAAUCUGAACAAAGUUAUUGUUACCGGACCUUGCAUCCUGCUGAAGGCGACAACCGUCGCCCAACAGGUCCAGGCUUUGCGACCUAAGAAGAUCAAGUCAGAUGAUGAACCCGAGGUGCUGAGGUGUAAGAGAAGAAUAGACUUUAGCAAACUCGGCUAUAACUUACCCAAAGCUCAACCGGCUGCCGUGGCCCGCCGCAACGAGAGGGAAAGGAACAGAGUGAAGCUUGUCAACCUUGGUUUUGAGACUCUCAGAGAGCAUGUUCCAAGCGGAAGGAAAAACAAGAAGAUGAGCAAGGUGGAAACUCUGCGAUCGGCAGUGGACUAUAUCCGACAGCUUCAGGAGGUUCUUCAGACAGAUAGUCGGGAAUCCUCCCCCCAACGUGUGCCGGACUCCAUGGACACGUCCCCCUCCCCUGUGUACGCUCCCCAGGCCAGUGACCAGACCCAUAUGACGGUGCCUAACCUUGUGUCUCAGAUCCCUACCCCGAUGACUGACUCCCCGUCCCCGAGCAGUUGUUCUGAUACAUCGUAUGACUCUCUCAGCUCCCUGGAAGAGACAGAUCUAGUGGAUUUCUCGCACUGGAUCACAGAGUUAUACAAGUCGUCAGAAGUCGGGGUUCAGCUCAACCUUACAGGAGGUGAACUCGAUUCAAAAAGUCCACGAGAGAGGUAACUGAAGUAUGCAAGGAAGUUAUGGAAAUGUCAUGCGAGGACUACAUGUCCCAUCUCCAUGGUGACGAGCUGAUCCCCACCCACGGGACCCCCACCGUGGGUAACGGUCACCCACAGUACUGGUAGGACGAGAAGACAAGAACGAUGACGUUCCAGAGAAACAGUAUACUAGUACCUGCAAGGACUGCUGAACUCUCCGUUCAACUAACUACCGUGCCUUAUUUUCCCUGCCCCCCUAAUGUGACCAGGGGUGUCGGGAGGUUGUGUUGUGGAGAGAACUCGGGUAUGUGCGACCCACCCGUUCAAUAAAUUCACGGUGGCGCAUAUAGAAGACAGUGGACAAGGUCGAGACUGUCGCUGCAGUGUCUCGCGACCUACUCGUGCCAGCACGCGACAGUUGAUGACGUCACAACUGCCAUGGAUUCAAACAAUAGUCAUAUCAUGCGGUAUUUUUCUACAAAUUGUUUUCUAUUUUGAAGAUACUGUUUCUACAAAAGAUCUAUAUUUUCCCCAAGUGUUCACAUUAGCGUAUUUUGCAAUGAGUGCUUUAUAUUGUAUAAAGAUGUACAUAUAUUUUGUAAAUUAUACUCUCUUGUUAUGCUCUGUUUGUGAGUAUGUUUUGAAAGGAGCACUAGCGAACUGCUACCGUGUGAUAAUCUCAAUAGCAUUUUGUACAAUUUUACCAUCGAUACAAGCUAUAUUUCUACGAAAUGUGCUUUAUUUUUGCAACGAAUAAAAUGUUUGCAAUUUCAA